CCUAAUCAUUAUGGCCCCCAUAAUGCACCCCCUCCCCCACUCCCUCUACCCCAAAAUGUUAAUUCUAUUCUUCUUCAAAUCUCCUACGAUGAAAAGUCUUCAUCAACAACUAGGACAAAUUUUCAAGUCCAAUUCUCACUUUUCAGUUUUUCAGAAUUCCAUUUUCUCCACCCAAAGAAUAAGUUUGUCAUUCUUCAAUUCUACGGUGCAGACUAG